CAAGAGAGAGAGAGAGGGGAAGAGACAGAAAGAAAGAAAGAAAGAAAGAAAGAAAGAAAGAAAGAAAGAAGAGAAAGAGCAGAACGUUCCAACUCAUUUAUUUUUAGUCAAUCUGUGUUUUGUUGCGUUAAUGAUUCCUAAAGAGGGUACAAAGAUAGGGGAAAAUAGAGGGUGUUGAUGCCGUUUUGGCUAUGCUCCAGUGAGCCUGCAGUGAAGUGAAGAGAGAGGUGGGAAAGAACAGCCAAAGACAAAGAUUAAAAAAGGAGAGGAAGGGUGUACCAAAAGGCAUUCGACAAGAGCGAAUGAAAGACAGAGGAAAGAAUCCUGAAAUGAAGCCACGUAUGGGGAGGAGGACUUCAUUUGACAGUGAACCAAGGAGGUGCUGAGUCACGUCAAAGGAAACUUUAGACAAUUAAGUCCAGACAAACAUGACCUUCCCUUGAGGGCAAAUGCAGGCGUAUUGUCAACAAUGGCAUAAGACUGGGACACCCGCUUGAAGUGGGGGCGUAACGGGUAACAUCUACAUCGUAAUUGUCUCUCUGGAGUUGCCUAAAAGAAGCAGGUGAAGAUGUCAAACACAGAAUGAAUAACAACGUGGACUCAGAUGAAGUGUUUUCAUAACCCUGACAUCAAUGACUCUUACUUAACAGGAAGAGAUACCAAACUACGAAAAAAGAAACCUUGACAUUGCUGACAUUUCUUUUUUAUUGAUUUCAUGUGUUUCCUCUAAGUAUGUUGGCAGAAAUGUGGUCACGUUUUCAAAUUUAUAUAGGUACGCGCUUGACUUGAAUAAUGGCUCUUGUUUCUGGACGAGGACUGUCAAGUGAACUGGAAUGUUGAUAUAUCCGAUAAACUGGCAUAUCUGAGCUGGAGGGCCAGCGUUGCACAUCAGUAGGAGAGAGAGAGAGUGAGCUUCUCUUCGAUGCACCAAGCCUUAUCGCCUUACCUGCAGACAGGAGAAAAAGAAAAGGGAGGAGGAAGAGAGAAGAAAAAGGAACAUCCAGUUCUAAACCAAACAGGAGUUUGAAAAACAUGAGGGAAGAGGAUUUAGGUUCAAUGACGACAUUUGUUUAGUGACGGUUACAGGUUCAUUACAAAGACUGAAAAGACGUAGUUUUGGAAAAGAUAAAAGCAGGACGGAGUAACAGAUGUGUGCACGUCUUAAAAGACGAGAAGGCAGGGGAUAAAAGACACAAAGAUGCCUGAAAACAAGCAGACUAUACAGCGAACUGGAAGCUAUCUCUCUCACUCUGCUUACAGGAAGAUUAAAAGGGUCCUGAGCUUCAAACGACGUGUAUUUGGUCAAAGGUUGGAGGAGACGGUCCUGUAUGAGAGGAGAUAUGGGGAUCACAUGGCUCCUCUGGUGGUGGAACAGUGUGUAGAUUUUAUCCGUGUGCACGGGCUGACAGAGGUGGGACUCUUCAGACAGUCCGGUCAGGCCACACUGGUUAAAGAGCUACAGGAAGCUUUUGAUGCUGGAGAGAAACCAUCCUUUGAUAGCAGCACUGAUGUCCACACAGUGGCAUCUCUACUAAAGCUUUACCUCAGGGAACUGCCUGAACCUCUGGUGCCAUAUUCCCGUUAUGAGGAGUUUCUUGUAUGUGCCAAAAAGAUCCCAUCAGACAGAGAACAGGGUUUGCACGAGUUGAAGAGUCUCCUUUACGAGCUCCCUGUCGCAAACUUCAACCUGCUGAAAUACAUCUGCCAAUUUUUAAAUGAUGUCCAAUCAUACUCCAACAUUAACAAGAUGAGCAUCCAGAAUUUGGCAACUGUUUUCGGGCCAAAUAUCCUGCGACCUAAAGCUGAGGAUCCAGAAAGUAUCAUUGGAGGGGCAGCAGUUGUGCAACAUCUGAUGUCAGAACUGAUUCGAGAGCACACCUUGCUCUUCUCAAGAGAGAACUGCAAUCUUCCAGAGGCCACUUUACCAUCCAUUCAUCCCAAUUUACAGAUUCUUGCAGAAUGGCAGAGUGAACCCCCUACUCAACCUCUUCUGACUGAAAACCCUGCCUUGCUUCCAAAUCAGACUUUAGCCUGUCCACGUACUCUCUUACUGUCACUAAAGACGGAGAGGAAAGGGUCUAAUCAAAGCCCUUGUGACAAGAAUGUUACCCAACAUCUUUCUGAGACGGGGCACCAGCUCGCAGAAGAGUCUUCAUGUGCCAGCUCCGCCCUUAUUUAUGACAACUACAAUUGUCAAUACAGCCAAGUACAUGAAUUUCUUCAAACAAGACCUUCACCCUCCUCUCCACCACCUGCCUGCACAAACAAAGUCCUGGAGGCUGGGAUUGAAAGUUGCGUGCAGUCGAGGAGCUGGCCGGAUAUGGAGGAGCCUACCUGGGGACCAGAGAGAGCCCUAGGGGACAGUGGAGGUGACAGUGAAGCCCAAGACAGUACCUUGUCUGUAUAUGACAACAUGGGUGUUAAGGAUCAAGGGAAGGAAUGUACAGAAGACAAGAACUCAUGUGCUAUUGUGGAGGGAAAAGGUGGUGCUGCUAGUAGAGCUGACAGCAGUAGCUCUUGGUCCUCUUGUGAGAUCGUGCCUUUGGAUGCGGACAGCGGGAGCGAAGGAGCAGCAAGUCCUUGCCACGAUUCUCCCGGACACUGCACAUCUUUCAGAAUGGACUUAGGAGAGGAGGGUCCUCGUCCGAACUCUUUGGCCUCCUCUUCUGCACCCACAGAUGCUCCUUUAAGUACCGGCAGCAGCGAAGUCUUCUUGCCAAAUGCUCCCCUUGAGCCACUAGGUUUUCCAGUCUCCCAUGCGAUGCAAUGCCUUGUCGCAGGGCUUCGGCAACAGAUGGCCAGGCAGAAAGCCGAAUAUGAAGCAAAAAUCAACAGGCUGGAGCAAAGGAACAAGGUACUACUGGGGGAAGUCACAGGGUUGCAUUCCACGGUGGAGCAACAGCGCCGCUGGGUCAGCGUGGCUGAGAUCAAGAUGAGGAACGUAGAGCGCGCCCGUGCUGACGCGGACAGACGGAACACCACUCUGCAACGGGAGAUGGAACAAUUCUUUGAUACAUUCGGCGAGUUGAAUGCCGAGGCCCGAAAAACAAGUCGCUUUGUUCAGAGUUUUUAAACAUCACACUGCGCUACAAAACCAACCUAAGCAGGUUCUCAAACCAGUAGGAACGAGGAGAUAUUCCUGAGGGAAAACAUCAGCCUAAUUUUAAGUAAAGUUCAGUUCAGUUGCCUGAAAAACUCUUUGGAACAGCAUGUUCAAAAUUAUUUUAAACCAAAGGUGCAUUUGUGUCGUUCAAGUACUGAAAGAAUGGAACGACCCAAGUAUCAUAGUAAGCAUGGAUACCAUGAGAAGAGAUGUUAAUAUGUAGACCCCAGGGAUCCUUGAAACCCAAAAUGUACUCUGAGAUAAAGGAGUUAAAGACUUUUCCUUGGCUGGGGCACACUGUACAUUUUGUUUUAUUCAGUCCUGCAAAUAAAAGGGGACAUAAUUACAUACUGUUCGUACACCGAUUGUAUUUGUACCAUCAAAAAUAAAUUGAACAUAUAGCAAUGCUUUAA